GCAUUACAGAUCAAGUAUAAACUACGUGCCGGUUGUUUAUAAACUCAGUCGCUCGUACCGUCUCGGCAGCACAAGAUCACAAUGGUGAAGGCAAGGAAGUACGUGGUUAAAAAACAUUUCGAGGGUUUACCCAAACGGGAGGACUACGACAUUGUGGAAUACGAGCUGCCUCCGCUCAAGAAUGGAGAGAUCCUCGUCAAGGUCGAGUGGGUGAGUGUGGACCCAUACAUGCGAGCGUAUAACCCACGCUACCCAACUCCAUAUGACCAGUUUGGUUUCCAAGUCGGAUUAGUUGAAGAUUCCAAGGAUCCCAGAUAUCCUGUCGGCACCAGGGUCGUUUCCCACAAAGGAUGGUGUGACUACUGCGUCAUUGAUACCAAUGACCCUAACGCCGGCCCCACAGGACAGCCUUACAAACUACCUAACUUGAAAGGAUUAUCAAACUCUUUGGGAGUCGGUGCUGUUGGCAUGCCGGGACUAACCGCGUACUUCGGAUUCCUCGAAAUCUGCCAACCUAAAGCUGGCGAGACAGUCGUCGUGACUGGCGCUGCCGGAGCUGUGGGCUCUCUGGUCGGACAGAUCGCGAAGCUCAAGGGCUGCAAGGUGAUCGGCUUCGCUGGCUCCGAUGACAAAGUCAAAUGGCUGGAAGAGAUUGGUUUCGACAAGGGGAUCAACUACAAGAGUGCCGAUAUAGCAAAGGCUCUGAAAGAAGCUGCUCCCAAGGGAGUGGACUGCUACUUCGACAAUGUUGGAGGAGAGCUCAGCAGUACGAUUAUUAAUCAAAUGAACGAGUUCGGAAGAGUUUCAGUUUGUGGUGCUAUCAGUGCGUACAACGACUCCAACUUACCGAAAGCUACCAUCCUACAGCCCGCUUUAGUAUUCAAACAAUUGAAAAUUGAAGGAUUCAUGGUAUGGAGGUGGUUCCACCGCCAAAACGAAGCAUUCGCCGACCUUAUCAAGUGGAUUCAAAAUGGAGACCUAAAGCCUAGAGAACACAUUACUGAAGGAUUCGACAACAUUUUCAACGCUUUUGUUGGAAUGUUAAAUGGCGAAAAUUCUGGAAAGGCAGUUAUUAAAUUGUAAGUUUAUUUAUAAAAUGACAAAGUUUGAAUAAAAUAUAAUGUUGAAUUUGUUACAA